UUUCUCGAAACACGACCCGCCUUGGAAGAUCUGAUCGCAAAGAAUAUUUUACCCAGCACCACUCCGGAAGCUCGGGCGGAAAUGCGUAUUGAGAUCGAGGCCACUCUGGAACGACGUUUGAGUCAACGACCAACUGCCGGUGAACUGGAACAGAAGAAUAUUCUGCAUUCCGAUACUGAGGAGGCUCGUCUGAAAGCGAAAGAAGAGAAGAAGCGUAUUCUGACGCGCAAGUUGUCAUUCCGCCCGACCGUAGACGAGUUGAAACAGCGUCGCAUCAUUCGAUUUAACGAGUACGUGGAAAUGAGCGAAGCGGAUGCGUACGAUCGUCGUGCUGACAAGCCCUGGACGCGACUUACCCCAAGGGAUAAGGCGGAUAUACGAAGGGAACUGAACGAGUUCAAAGCCACGGAAAUGACUGUUCAUGUGGAAAGCAGACAGUUUACCCGAUUUCACCGGCCGUGA